AUGGAGUAUUCUCAGGCUAAGUGUUUUUCUCGCCCGAUGGGUCAUCGCUUUCAUCCGACGGACAGGGAAGUGCUCAAGUAUCUAAUAGGGUUUGUGAGAGACGAGCCACUUCACUCUCAGAAUGAACUCAUGCCGGUGGCGGAUCUCUACGCCGACAAGGAGCCAUGGCAGAUUUUCGAAGCUUAUGAUCAGGGAAACAACAACAACAACACUCGUUACUUCAUAACGCCGCAGAAGAAAGAGAAACCUACGUGGAAAAGAGUUUCAAGAACUGUCGGGAAGGGCACUUGGAAGCCUCAAAGCAAAGGCCGAGAGGUGUUUGAUGAUAAAGGAAGACUCAUGGGAUACGUGAAAAGUUUGAAGUACAUCCCCGCUAACAAAUCGUCAAACAACGUGAACGGCGAAUGGUUGAUGACUGAGUACUCUUUGUUUGAUCGUUAUCUGGCUGCUAGGGAGAUUAAGAACAAAGGUUUCGUAAUUUGUAAGAUCAAGAAGAAGGGCAAACCCGGUGACGAGAAAAAAGGAAACAAUAUUGAUGAGGUAGUUAAUGAUGAGAAUAUGAGAGAUAUUGAAGAAUUUAUCAACACCGUGUUGCAAGAAGAUGUUCAAGUUGAAGACAAUGGUAUAAGGUUGAAUGGUAUAGCAAAGCUGGAUGAUCAAGAGAAUAAUAUUAUCCAAUAUGUAGAGGGAGAUCAAGUUAGAGACCAUGUACUUGGUUUGUUGGAUUCCCCAGAGGAUAUUAAUAUGGAAUACCAAGUCGAAGACAAUCAACAUGCUACAUUCUGGGCUUCUGCGGAAGAUAUCGAUCUGGAUACCAUCAAUUUCUUUUAG